GAUCAGUGUUGUCGUUUCGACCAAGAAGAGCAAUGGACCUCGGCGACUUCGAGGCCAUCGCGACGCCGCGCGAGCGCCAAAGCACGACGUCGUCAAACUCGAAUGAAUCCUUGCCGUUCAUGGUGGCACUGGAAGAACCCCGUGAACACAAGAACGUUCUCCAUGCGGUGAAGGACACAUCGAGCAUACUGUGGCAAGAUCUGCUCCGUCGUGUGGCAAGGUCCGACGACGACAACGCGGCAUCCUUGCGGAAGUCGACACGAGUUUGCACCCCGCUGCUGUGGAAUCAGCAAAGCCGGGCGUACGUCAUCCACUCUGUCAAACACUACACGUCGAACUUUCCCGAGUUCCAGCGGGAAAUCUUCUGCGGUGUCGCCGUCAUGUUGCUUCAAGCACCCGAAACCAUUGCGUUCAGCUACGUCGCGGGCGUCGACCCUAUCGUGGGCCUCUACGCCACUGCUUUCUUGGGCAUCAUCAUCGGUGCAUUCGGGGGUAAGGGAUCAACGAAGUCGCCUAAACUCACGCCCCGCACGGCCAGGCACAGCGGGGAUCGUUGCGGGGGCUGCAGGUGCGCUAGCUGUUGUCAUGCCACCCAUUACGAGCGGCACGGGCGUCCUCAAAGACCGGCCGUACGACGAGCGAAUGCAGCAUCUUUUCAUGGCCGUCUUCUUCACGGGCGUGUUUCAGUUUGCGUUUGGUCUGCUUGGCUUGACGCGAUUUCUAUCGAUGGUGCCCAAGACCGCCAUGAUUGGAUUCCUCAAUGGUCUCUCCCUCGUCAUGUUCUAUGCCCAGCUGCCAACGUUCCAACAGUGCCCUCUAUCAGUGCAACCAGACUUUCACACGUGCAUGCGAGACGGCACGUUGGAGUGGAUGGCUCCGCGCGACCCUAGCACUUGGACAACGGUCUUUCUCGUGGUACUGACCAUGUUUAUCAUGCACGUCUUCCCGAAACUCCCCCGCAUUGGCCACCUCGUUCCCCCGACGCUCGUCGUCGCGCUGGUCUGCGUCGGACUGGAAUUUGGCGUCCACCGGCCCUUGUUGCACGCUCCCACUCGCACCAUUCGCGACAUUUCGCCCCUCUCCGACUCGUCCUUCCCGACCCCUCGUUGGCCAUCCCUGGGCUCGUCCCCCAACUGGACGAUCAUCGUCACCACGAGCGCCAGUCUCUCGAUCGUUGGCAUUUUCGAAUCGCUGCUGACGUUGCAAGUCGUGUGCGAACUCACGCAACGGCCCGUGACAAACGCAAUGUGCCGCCAGGAAACCCUCGCGCAAGGGCUUGGGAACGUCGUGUGCGGCCUCUUUGGGGCCAUGGGUGGGGCGUCCAUGAUCGGUCAGUCGACCGGAAGCAUUCUCAACGGCGCGCGAGGUCGGCUGUCGGCCGUCGUCGGCGGCUUCGUCAUGCUUGCCGUCGUCAUGGGUGCUGGGCCAGUCGUGGAAGUCGUUCCAGUGGCGUGCUUGACGGGUGUUAUGUUUAUCAUUUGCUACCACACGUUUUACUGGCCAACGUUUCGACUCUUGCUGCGGCUGCAGCUCGUCGACGUCGUGGGAAUUGUCCUCGUCACGGCGUUGGCAGCGGCGAUCAACUUGGCUGUUGCAGUGAUUGGAGGCAUUGUGUGGCACGCCCUGGUCCACGUGUGGCAGCACAGUCGACUGCUCACGCACACUACGUUCACCGAAGUCGAGCCCGACGGGACGGACAUCAAGGUGUAUGCAUUCAAAGGGACGUUCCUCUUCAGCAGCGCGACAGCGUUUCGAGAUGCGUUCGCAUCCGUUCACGACGACCCGGCCACGGUUGUUGUGGACUUUGCGCAGUGUUUGAUUGUGGAUUUUUCGGCCGUCGCCGCGGUCCGUCAGGUUGCGUUGCGGUAUCGCCAACUGGGAAAAAAGCUCGUCGUGCGACACCUGAACGACGAGUCGAAGCGGGAAUUUACCAACGACCUGCCGUGGGUACACACGCACCACGUGACGGUGGCCCAACCCAACGACACGGACAGCUCAACCGUCCAUGUGAAAGAGAUCCCAGACGACAACGUCCGUGCGAUCCGGUCGGAGGUCUAAAGGGCUCACGUAGGAAACAAUGCGUGAAAUUGACGGGUUACAAUUGUCGAUCAAGCGUUCGUUGGUGUGUGCAUGAUGCCCACGUCGUAUUCAGGUGUCGAUGUGGGGGCCAACGGCGUGGCUCGCCGUGCAAUUCCAUCCUUUUCGUUGAAGCUCGUACAGCUGCUCCUCCAAGAUCGCGGUGAGCUCGAUCGUGCUCUUGAGUACAAGCCGUAGGCCG